ACAGAUGCCUCAUGGCUAGCGCGCAGGCGGCCCGCAAUGACCUCGUUCUUGCACUCUUGAUAGACGCUCGAUGGUCCGGUGUGUGUUCGCGGCCACUUUGCGCUGCGUUGUAUAAAUCACCCCUCCGCGUUCCUCGUCCUUCACCCUUCUCUUCCCCUCUGCUUACGCCAUUGCGCUCUUUGUAUCGAACUAGACGAUCAUCAAGGACCUAGGAACACGCCUAUCUACUAUCGCAUACGAUGAACACCUCCGCCACCGCCUCUGACAACGCGCGCCCUGUGGUCGGCACGCGCCAGCGCAAGCUCUCGAUACGCCCGAGCACGCUCAAUGUCCGUAGGCAGGGUAUGUACGGUACAGAAGAGACGGUGGCGGAGCUGGACUCGCUCAUCAGUGGAUCAUCUCGCGGCACGGCGCAGGAGCCGUCCCCCGUAUACCCCACCCCCACCAGUAUCCGCUCGCCCAGUGGCACAUCGCGGCACGCGCGUCUGCCCAGCGGGUCCUCCACGUCUGUGAUCGGCGCUCCUGGUCGCGCGUCAAACGUAGAUGCGGAGAGAAGGCCGCGUCAGACGCAGAGCCUCACCCCCGCGCAGGAGCUCGCGCGAGAGUAUCGGCAGAGCCUGGCGCGAUCACCCUCUCCCCCGCGCCACACAAGACAUCUAAGCGCCCAGGUGCCCGGCCCGAAAGGAAGCCGCCGCAUGGAUUCAAAUGGGAACCGGCUCAGCAAGUACGACGAUGCAUACUUUGCGACGAAGACCAAGGUCGACGAAGCGUCCAUCGCGGGCGUGAAGAGCUUGCUCAUGCAAGAUACGCAAUCGGACAAACGCUCGAGCGUCCUAUCGUCCAGGACGCGAUCGAUGUACGAGACGGCAUCGAGCGCUGGGGGGAGCUGGGUCAUGCCCACACCCCCGAGUAGUCACUUCGAUAGCGCCGUCGAGCUCAAAAGCCCGCCGCGCGCUACUUCAAUGGCUUCGCCACCCUCCUCUGCGCUGCUCGAGCGCCGUCGCAGCAAGCCACUUCCCCCCAUCAUAUGCGAUAAGCCCGUGUCCGCCUCGCCCGUCUCAUCGGCGACGGCGCCUAAUUCCGCGUCUACGAUCACCGCCAAUCUCUUGACGCCGAAGAUUCGUUCGACGGAGUCGCGAGCCGCGGAUAUGCAAGAGCUGGCCGAAAUUGCGGCGCGCAUAGUCGUGCAGCAAGGCAAGGGCCCGAAUGACCGCGUACGCUGUCCAAUUCCCGGCUGCCGAGACGUCCUCGAAAACGCCAAGAAGCUGGCUCUUCACCUUCACAUUCACGAGCUUGAUGAAAGAAUAUACGACCCCAACGCUCACGCUGUUCGUGACUUGUCUCUGUACGCCUCCACUGGCGGCCUCCCCGUCCCAUACACUGUCCGGUCAUCUAAUACGUCUCCUCUCAAAGAGACAUUUUCGCAUAUCAUGAACGCCCUGAAGCCUUGAUCGGCAUGCUCUCAUGUUUGCUUUCCAUGGUCACUGGAUGGCCACGAUGUCGUAUGACUAACGACGCAUGCCUCUAUGUAUCGAUACGUGCUCUUUAUCUCACUCCUUACACACCUACUCCUCCUUUAUAUCACGCUCUCUAAUGCUUUACCUCUCAUACUGACAUUGUAGCCUGGAAUCUCUCAAAGCACCUAUGUAUUCCCCUCUCACAUAUGCGUCCUUUUCUUUUCCUUUGAUGGGUUCUCGUAGCAUCUCUUCCUGCAGCAUUAGGUACCCUAGUAGCGUCGCGCCGUGUCAUCGGCAGCAGCAGUAAUCCCAAAAUGGUCCUCGGGUGUAUAGCAUCUCAAACGUGACUGCACGGUGUGACGGACACUAUGCGCCCUUUACGUGAUCAAACUGUACCCAUCAGAGACAAAUGAUACAAUACACAUCUUGUC